GGUAAACUGAAAAUCCGAAUCCGUGACCCGGCCCACCCCUACCUCAAGUCAUUCGAGCUUGGAAUAGGAAAAUUAGAGAGCUUAUUCCUUUCUUCACCGUUAGGGGUUAUUUGGCUUGCCGGCGAACUGGAGGCCGAUACCGUGGAUUGAAUGCCGUUUGGAAUCGAGGCUGCUUACCGGAGAAUUUAUCGCGCUCUGCAGAACGGGACAUUGCGCCGAGAUUUUGAAUUUUAGGUCUUAGCUGUUUCAAAGCUCGAUCCUUUCUUCUUACUGUCUCAGAUCUGAUUUGCUGAGCUGAAGGGAGAUUAGAAGGAGACCGUGAGAUCAGAUGGUGCAGGGAAGAAGAAAAGCUCUUCUGGAUGUUUGAUUAUCAUGAAAAAAGGUAACGGAGCGGUGGCUCCUCAAAGGGUUGCUACUGGGUCUUUGCAGAAGAGCAAAACGAAGAGACGAAGAGUGAUUUCAGAUGAUUCAGAGUCUGGUGAGGAGUUGCUAGAAGCUUGUAAGAGAAAAGCUGACGAAUUAUCUUACAAUAGCCCUGCAACGCACAAGAGUGGGGUUAAGGGGAAUAAUAAUUCCGAAAGUGAUGCGAAACGGAGUAGGUUAGAUUCUUUUGACUUUGACGAGUAUGAUGAAUUUGACGAGACCGUUGCGAGGGAUGGAUAUGAGGAUGUGAUUGAAAAAGGAACAGGGAGUUCUAGGGAAUUCAGAAAAGGGUCUAGUGGGAAAAUGAUGUUGGAAAAAAGUAGGGACUUGAAUUUUGACUGUUCAUUAAAUGCUUCGAGGAGCAGAAAUAAGGGGUUUAAGGGUGCAGCUAAGAAUAGGAUUUCCAGCGAGGAAGAUGAUGCAGAUUUGCCCAUCUCGGUGCUUAAGUUGAAGCAUCAGCAAGCGUCAAAUGAUUCGAUCAGGUUGCAGGGGAAAAAUGGGGUCUUGAAGGUAAUGGUGAAUAAAAAGUUGGAUUUAUCACAUAAGAAGCAUGAUUUCCAUGCUUCGAAAAGUAGGAAAUGUUCAACGUCUGAGAACGUAACCAACAAGAAUCCAGAAGUCCAACCAAUCAUUUACAUGGGUUCUGAAAUCUCUGAAAAGCAACAUUUGUCUCUUCAAAGGGAUAAGAAUAAGAUGAAAUCCUGCAAAGUAUUUAUGAAAACAAAUACUCCAGCCAGUGAUUCAGAAACAGAUGGAACUGAUAAAUCACCAAAGAGGGCUCCAAUAGCUAUACCAGCUGGUAAUUCACGACAACAACAAGAACAUCAACAGCCUACCCAGUUGAUUCCCAUGGCGGGUAACUCACUGAAAAUGGUUGAAAAGGAAAAGAAUAAAUUUUCAACUGCUAAAACCAUUUCUCCCGUUAAUUCUCCCAUUAAUAAAGAAGGGAAAACUAAGCGCAAUACCAGCACUGAGAAACAACAGCUGCGUGAGAAAAUUAGGAGAAUUUUGAUGGAUGCUGGCUGGACUAUUGAUUAUAGACCAAGACGGAACAGGGAUUACCUAGAUGCAGUUUACAUAAGUCCUUGUGGAACAGCCUAUUGGUCUAUAGUUAAGGCUUAUGAUGCUUUUUUAAAACAGUUGGAGGAUGAUGGCGAUAGAAAUAAAUCUGCUCACGUAUCUGCUCCGUUUUCUCCUUUAUUGGAAGAUAUAAAUAAGCUAACUAGACAAACUAGAAAGAAAACUGAGAGAGAACUGAAAAAGAAGAGAGAUGAUGGUGCCAGUAAUGGUUACAAGAAGACUUCUAGAAGAGAGUCUGCCCAAGGCACAAAAAGUGAUAAGCAUGAUGAACCAUUCAGUAGCUGCAUAAGGAAUAAUGGUAACUUACUGAAAGGAAAGCUUCAUGCAAGGUAUCAAAGAAAUGAGUUUGAUACACACAAAAGUAUCUCGAUCUCAGAAGAUAGGAGACUUAUGAACACAAAAUCCAUUGUAGCACCUGCUUGUAGUUUAAUCCGGGGAAGAAAAAGUAAAAUAGCCGGAAGAUGUACUCUGUUGGUUCGUAGCUCUGAGAAAGGACAGAAUUUUGAAAUUGAUGAGUAUAUUCAUUAUCCUGGAAAAAGAACAUUAUUGGCAUGGAUGAUAGACUCGGGAACAGUGAAACUUAGUGAAAAGGUUCAAUAUAUGAACCGUAGAAAAACACGUAUAUUGCUAGAAGGCUGGAUCACACGAGAUGGCAUUCACUGUCGUUGCUGUAGUAAAAUCCUCACAGUUUCUAAGUUUGAGCUCCAUGCUGGGAGCAAAUCGCGUCAACCCUUUCAAAACAUAGUUUUGGAAUGUGGAGUUUCUCUGUUGCAGUGCCUUAUAGAUGCAUGGAAUAGGCAAGACGAGUCAGAACGGAAGGGUUUCUAUUCUAUAAAAAUUGAUGGUGAUGAUCCAAAUGAUGAUACCUGUGGUAUAUGUGCUGACGGAGGGGAUCUGAUCUGCUGUGAUGGAUGUCCAUCAACUUUCCAUCAGAGCUGUCUUGGAAUAAUGAUGCUUCCUGCUGGCGAUUGGCACUGCCCAUAUUGUGUAUGCAAAUUUUGUGGUAUUGCUCAUGAAAGUCUGAUGGAAGACAAUAUGGGUACAAAUGAACUUCACUUGUGCAUCCUUUGCGAGAAGAAAUAUCACAAAUUAUGUGGAGAAGAUUUUAAGGUUGACAACGUUUUACAUGUGAAGAACAAAGUUCCAUUUACAUCUUUCUGUGGACAAACAUGCCAAGAGCUCUAUGACCAAUUAGGGAAGAUUGCUGGAGUCAAGCAUGAACUAGAAGCAGGAUUCUCUUGGUCUAUUAUCCAACGGACAGAUUUAGAUUCUAAUACAUCACAUUGUGACUUUCCUCAAAGAGUAGAGAGCAACUCAAAGCUGGCUGUUGCAUUGUCUAUCAUGGAUGAAUGCUUUUUGCCAAUAGUAGACCGAAGAAGCGAGAUUAAUAUAAUUCACAAUGUCGUUUAUAACUGUGGGUCAAAUUUUAGUCGUCUUAGUUUUUGUGGAUUCUACACUGCAAUCUUAGAAAGGGGUGAUGAGAUUGUUUGUGCAGCAUCACUAAGGUGGUUUGGCAUUUUUCUGAUGUCGGGAGUGGAGGUGAAGAACGAUUCUCAUCCCAUCGGUACCUUGGAACUUUCAUUCAAGCCGAAGGAGAAAUUGAUGGGGACCGGGGUUGAUGGCGAAAUUGAUGGGAACUGGGGUCGAUGGAGAAAUUCGUGGGGACGGGUUGAUGGAGAAAUUGAUAGGGAUGUCGCUCAUCGUAUUAUAGCAGGCUAGAUGAAAUGGAGGCUCGCUUUUGGAGUCUUGUGCAAUAUUAACGUGCCCUGAAGGCUGAAACUAAGAAACAAAUUUUGUUGAGCAGUGUUUGGUCUGCUAUGUUGUAUGGGGGUAGCCAAUAAAGAGCAUGCAUGUGCAGAAACUGAGAUGUUUAGGUGGAUAUGUGAUUUUAUUAUGAGGGAUAGAACUAGAACAACUAUAUCUGGGACACGAUUGGCUUUUGUGGAGGAUAUGAAGUGUAAAGAGAGUUUUAUGUGGUUUGGGCACGUGUAGAGGAAGAUUAUUGAGUGCCCCUCUGAGAAGGUGCAAGAGCUUGGCAAUACGAAUUUGAGGGGUAGGUAGAUUGACAAAGAGUUUGAGAAAGUGCGAGAGCUUGGCAGUAGAGAACUAGGGGGGUUGGUAGACUGAUGAAGAGUGGGGUGAGCAGAUCACCGUGGAAAUGAACCAAGAUAGGAUGUUUUGGAGGUCUAGAUUAAAGUUGUAGGGUAGUUGGGUACUCGGGUUACCACUUACCAGGCGUUUACUUCGUUUGCUCUGUGUGUAGUUAGGAUCUAGUGGAUAAGCUAGGUACAAUGGGGUGU